AAAAUCACGAUAAAUUAAGAUCUUGUUAAACAGGGUUCAACAUCAUCCUUGGUAUUGCAUAUCCUAGCAACAUAUAAAGAAUAUCCAAGUAUCUAUUACUAUUGCACAAUUUCUAUUGUGUCAAUAACCCAAAAAUACAUAUCAAACACCAUGGAUAGAAUCAAUAGACCAUUCCCCGAAAGUCUAUCGGAUGAGCCGCAGGCGCCAACGGCUAUUGAUCUUCAAAUAGGACUUCAGAGGGGCUCCACCGCUGCACUAGAAGUGACCCCUGAACGUUGGCAAGCAACAAAGCAAAUGCCAUCCUCGAGUACAGCUCAAAGGAUUGAGGAGCUGACGAAAGAGAAUGGUCAAUUGCGAUUGGAAAUACGUUAUUACCAACGAAUGAGAGAUGCAAUGCAAGCACUUUUUGAUGAUACAACAUUUAUCUCAGAACGAGUGGAUAAGACGAUUAAAGGAUUUAUCAAAGUUCAGAGGGGUGCCGAGAAUGAUUGGUGCAAUGCACAGGGAGAAUUUGAUUAGUUAUUCUAAUGGUGUUUUAAUUGCUGUUGGUAGUAAAGGUUUAUCAUGCAGUAAAUUACUGAUGUAUGCAGGCACAUAAGUUAGUUCAGAGACACUUCGAGUUAGAGUCCACAUCAGCAG